AUGCCAAAUGAAGAUUUAUUGUGCAUGUAUUAUGAAGGAUUUGGCAUUAGACACUUACUUGGCCCUCCUGGUCCACCUGGUCCACCGGGUCCACCAGGUCCCCCUGGUCCUCCUGGUCCACCUGGUUCACCAGGUUCUGCCAUUGCAGAAGUUUUACCUGUACUCAGUUCAGGUCCGCCUGGUCCACCAGGACCACCAGGACCAAAUGGUCCUCCAGGACCACCAGGUCCAAAUGGCCCUCCUGGGCCAAAAGGACCACCAGGUCCUCCAGGUCCACCUGGUCCACCUGGUCCUCCAGGACCUCCAGGUCCUCCAGGACCACCAGGACCCAACGGUCCUAAUGGUUCACCAACAUUAUCCGGAAUUUCUAGUUCUUCUUCUGGUGUAGGUGUGGGUCCGCCUGGUCCACCAGGCCCAUUUGGUCCACCUGGUCCAUUUGGACCUCCAGGUCCAUUUGGCCCUCCUGGUCCAUUUGGUCCUCCAGGGCCAUCAGGCCCACCUGGUCCACCUGGACCUUGUGGGCCCCCUGGGCCACCGGGUCCACCUGGACCUCCUGGUUUUCCCACAUCAGGAGGUGUUGUCUCAUCUGUAGCAAGGGUUGGUCCUCCCGGCCCUCCUGGUCCUCCAGGGCCCCCUGGUCCACCUGGCCCUCCAGGUCCUCCAGGUCCACCUGGACCAAGUGGCUUCCCAGGAUCACCAAUGUCUUCUGGAUUGACUUCAGGUCCACCUGGUCCUUCCGGCCCACCUGGACCUCCAGGUCCACCAGGUCCAAACGGCCCUCCAGGACCUCCAGGUCCAAAUGGCCCUCCUGGGCCAAAAGGUCCACCAGGUCCACCACUUACACCGAUGUCAUCAGGUAAAGUAACUCCAGGAGCCAAAGAUGGUCCAUCAGGCCCUCCUGGUCCAUCAGGUCCACCUGGUCCCCCUGGUCCUCCAGGACCCCCAGGCCCUCCUGGCCCACCAGGUCCACCUGUUGGAGAACCAAUAUAUUUAAAACUAAGUAUACAUGUCUUACCUGGACCUCCAGGACCUCCAGGACCGCCUGGUCCACCAGGACCUUGUGGUCCUCCUGGUCCACCUGGACCGCCCGGCCCACCAGGACCACCUGGACCAAAUGGCCCUCCAGGACCACCAGGGCCACCAGGACCCCCUGGUCCAUUUGGUCCUCCAGGUCCAUCAGGCAGAGAAGGUCCAUUUGGUCCGCCCGGCCCAUCAGGUCCUCCUGGUCCACCAGGCCCACCAGGUCCUCCAGGACCCCCUGGCCCACCAGGUCCACCUGGCCCCAAAGGUCCUAAUGGUUCACCAACGUUAUCUGGAAUUUCGUUUUCUUCCUCUGGUGUAGGUGUAGGCCCACCUGGUCCACCAGGGCCAUUUGGUCCACCAGGCCCAUUUGGGCCACCUGGUCCAUUUGGACCCCCUGGCCCAUCUGGUCCUCCAGGCCCAUUUGGUCCACCUGGCCCGCCAGGUCCACCUGGUCCUCCUGGCCCUCCCGGUCCUCCAGGUCCACCUGGUUUACCCACAUCAGGGGGUGUGGUCUCAUCUGUUGCAAGAGUUGGUCCUCCGGGUCCCCCUGGCCCCCCUGGACCUCCAGGUCCACCAGGUCCUCCAGGUCCACCUGGACCUCCAGGACCACCAGGUUUUCCAGGUUUUCCUAUGUCAUCAGGGUUCACUGUAGGCCCACCAGGUCCAUCAGUACUUGGCCCUCCUGGUCCAUCUGGUCCACCUGGACCUCCUGGUCCCAUAGGUCCACCUGGUCCCCCCGGUUCACCAGGCUCUGCCAUUGCAGUUAGUUCAGGUCCACCUGGUCCUCCAGGACCACCAGGACCAAAUGGUCCUCCAGGACCACCUGGUCCAAAUGGUCCACCUGGUCCAUAUAUGCCACCAGGUCCACCAGUUUCACCGAUAUCAUCAGGUAGAGUCACAUCAGGAGCUAAAGAUGGUCCAUCAGGACCUCCUGGUCCAUCAGGUCCACCUGGUCCCCCUGGCCCUCCAGGGCCUCCAGGCCCUCCUGGCCCACCAGGCCCACCUGGUCCCAGGGGUCCUAAUGGUUCACCAACAUUAUCUGGAAUUUCUAGUUCUUCUUCUGGUGUAGGAGUCGGUCCACCUGGUCCUCCAGGGCCAUUUGGUCCACCUGGUCCAUUAGGACCUCCUGGUCCAUUUGGUCCCCCUGGUCCAUUUGGUCCCCCGGGACCAUCAGGUCCCCCUGGCCCACCUGGUCCCUGUGGUCCACCUGGUCCUCCAGGUCCUCCAGGACCACCAGGUUUUCCUACACCAGGAGGUGUUGUCUCAUCUGUAGCAAGGGUUGGUCCACCUGGCCCUCCUGGUCCCCCAGGCCCUCCUGGUCCACCAGGUCCACCAGGCCCUCCGGGUCCACCAGGACCAAGUGGUUUUCCAGGUUCACCAAUGUCUUCUGGAUUUACUUCAGGUCCACCAGGUCCAUCAGGACCAUUAGGUCCACCAGAAGGUCCUCCAGGCCCAUCUGGUCCACCUGGUCCUCCAGGACCACCAGGUCCCCCGGGACCACCUGGUCCCCCAGGACCAUCAGGACCACCAGGUCCACCUGGUUCACCAAUAGUUUCAUCAUCAUCAGGUUUGGGUGGCCCAUCAGGCCCACCCGGCCCGCCAGGCCCACCUGGACCUCCAGGUCCACCUGGACCACCAGGCCCGCCGGGACCACCAGGUCCCAGUGGUUCACCCACAUCAUCAGGAAUAGUAUCCUUCUCUUCUGCAGUUGGUGUAGGUCCAUCAGGUCCUCCUGGUCCCCCUGGUCCCCCUGGACCCCAUGGCCCAUUGGGACCCCCAGGCCCAUUUGGUCCACCAGGCCCAUUAGGACCACCUGGGCCAUUUGGCCCACCUGGCCCAUUAGGUCCUCCAGGUCCACCUGGGCCAUUUGGUCCUCCUGGUCCAUUUGGUCCUCCAGGCCCAUUUGGUCCUCCCGGCCCAUCUUCUGUUCCAAUGUCUGGUGCUACUGUUGCAUCUGGUGAUAAUGUAGGUCCAUCAGGACCACCUGGGCCACCGGGUCCUCCAGGUCCACCUGGACCACCGGGACCUCCAGGCCCACCAGGUCCACCAGGCCCACCAGGCCCUCCAGGACCUCCAGGUUCAUUCAGUUUAGGUAAAUACGAUGGUAUUUUUGCAAGUUCGUCAGGUGAUAAUGUGGGUCCACCUGGUCCACCAGGCCCCUCUGAAAUUAGAAUACACGGUGUAAUUGAGGCACUGAUAUUUACACUUACAACACUUUUAUGUACAUGA